GAUGUCCAGCCCGAAUUUAAAUAACGUAAUAUUAGCGGGAGCCUUAUUAGCAUUUUGUUCCAUCAUACUCGGCGGCAACGCCAAUUCGUUAGUGUCUCCAGUUGUUCAACUAAUCAUGUGCAAGUUCCAUAUCUGGACACUCUCUUUGGGAUUUUCAUUGGCCUUUGGCGCUAUGUUUAGUAAGACUUGGAGAGUUCAUAGGAUAUUUACAAACAAAAAGAUUCAAAGAAUGGUCAUUAAGGACUUUCAAUUAAUGGCGAUUGUUUGCGUCCUCGUCGGAUUGGACGUUCUCAUUCUCUCUAUUUGGCAGUUUACUGAUCCUCUGCAAAUUGUAUACGUCAAUAAGACUUUACAAGCAUUCCCAGAUCCGCACAACGACAACCAGAAUCUCAUACCCCAAAUUCGCUAUUGCGAAUCGAAACACAUGUGGUACUUUGCGGGGGCGAUCUACGCUAUUAAAGGCCUAAUUUUAGUAUUUGGGGCAUUUCUCGCCUUUGAAACUCGUAAAGUGACCGUACCAGCUUUAAACGAUUCAAAAUUUAUAGGAAUGAGUGUCUACAAUGUAGUCGUCCUUUGCCUAAUUGGAGUACCAAUUGCUCUGAUAUUGAAAGAAGAAAUUGAGGCUUCUUAUGUGCUCAUAUCGCUUUUUAUUAUGUUUGCAACUACUUUAACUAUCUGUUUAGUCUUUAUACCAAAGAUAGUAAAGAGAAAUCAUGAAUUCCAAUCGGGAGGAAUGUUAAGUAAGUCUUGCGACUCUUCCGCAGCUGCAAGAAGGGCGGAUAGGCACGGCCCAUUUACGUUUAAAUCAGAGGGUAACAGUGCUGUAUUAAGGGACGAAGUAUCUAAUUUGAAAAAUACACUUGAACAACGUGAACGUAGAAUAAAGGAAUUGGAAGAUAAAUUUAUUGGAAUUAACGGAAAAUCUCCAAUGUCGGAGGAGACAGAAUUUACGGGCGAUAUAGGAACAAAUCCCGGAUUAGAUGACAGCGAUGAUUGUUCGGAAAACGCUAUGUGUUAA